UCAUUCUGGAGUUGAAGAACGUCUAGAACCUUCUUCUGCUAAAAAAUUAACAGACAUAGGAAUUAGACGAAUCUUUUCUUCAGAACAUGACAUUUUCCGGGAAAAUGUAAGGAAAUUUUUUCAAGAAGAAUUGGUUCCUCAUCACACAGAAUGGGAGAAAGCUGGAGAAGUGAGUCGGGAGCUUUGGGGGAAAGCUGGAAAACAAGGAUUGCUUGGUGUCAAUAUUGCAGAACAUCAUGGUGGUAUUGGUGGAGACCUCUAUUCAGCAUUUGUUGUCUGUGAAGAGCAGGCAUAUUCAAAUUGUUCUGGCCCAGCGUUUGUUCUUCAUUCAGAUAUCGUCAUGCCUUAUAUUGUAAACUAUGGCUCAGAAGAACAGAUUAAGCACUUCAUCCCCCAAAUGACUGCAGGCAAAUGUAUUGGUGCCAUAGCAAUGACAGAGCCUGGGGCUGGAAGUGAUUUGCAAGGAAUAAGAACAAAUGCCAAAAAGGAUGGAAGUGACUGGAUUCUCAGUGGAAGCAAGGUAUUCAUCACAAAUGGGUGGCUGAGUGAUGUUGUCAUUGUAGUUGCAAUCACAAAUCGUGAAGCUCGCUCUCCUGCCCAUGGCAUUAGCCUUUUUUUGGUGGAAAAUGGGAUGAAAGGAUUUAUCAAGGGACGAAAGCUAUGUAAAAUGGGAUUAAAUGCCCAGGAUACUGCUGAACUAUUCUUUGACGAUAUUAGGUUGCCAGCUAAUGCCCUACUUGGAGAAGAAAAUAAAGGCUUCUAUUACCUCAUGCAAGAGCUUCCACAGGAAAGGCUAGUGAUUGGUGAAAUGGCAAUUUCAGCCAGUGAAUUCAUGUUUGAAGAAACCAGGAACUACGUUAAACAAAGAAAAGCUUUUGGGAAAACACUUGCACAUAUACAGACGGUGCAGCAUAAGCUAGCAGAACUAAAAACACAAAUUUGUGUAACCAGGGCUUUUGUGGACAGCUGUCUCCAGCUGCAUGCAACAAAACGUCUGGACUCUGCCACUGCUUCCAUGGCAAAAUAUUGGGCAUCUGAGUUACAAAACAGUGUAGCUUAUGACUGUGUACAGCUCCAUGGAGGUUGGGGAUACAUGUGGGAGAACCCCAUUGCCAAAGCUUAUGUGGAUGCUCGAGCUCAGCCAAUCUAUGGUGGUACAAAUGAAAUAAUGAAGGAGCUGAUUGCAAGAGGGAUCGUCCGUGAUAAUUAGACAUCUGCCCACAUCCUGGAAUCCUAUUACUGCUAAUCUGGUUUUAAAUCUACUCAAGAUAAAAUACAACCUGGAAAGGGGGAAAAUACUAAACAUCGUUAUGUAUGUUUUCACUAUAGAGAAAUAAAUAAAUUGUAAAUAUAAGAUUAA